AUGUCUCUCACAGAGUCCGCUGUGACGGCUCUGGGAACGGUCGCGGCAGCAGCAGCUGUUGACACCGGGGACCAUGGGCGGAAAUGGACAGAUCAGACGAAGAACCAGCGGGAUACAUACACUCAGCUUGUGAUAAGUCUGGUGCUAGGGCUCAGCGCGUUCAUGUCAUUUUGUAUCUUACGGCCGAAGUGGAGGGAGCUGUAUGCUGCACGGAGACGACAGCGGUGCGCUGCUUCUUACUUACCCGAACUCCCUGACACCUUCUUUGGCUGGAUGCCGGUUCUGUUUCGGAUAACGGACGAACAAGUACUCAAUUCUGCGGGACUGGAUGCGUUCGUCUUCCUCUCGUUCUUCAAAUUCGCAAUCCGGUUCCUUAGUGUUGUCUUCGUGUUCGCUGUCCUUAUUAUCGGCCCAGUGCAUUUCAAGUAUACCGGCAAAUAUGGCAUGCCCGAUUGGGAUCACGACGAUGUCGAUGACGGGAAGGACGGAAAAAAGAAGUUGAUAUCGGACCCGAACUAUUUGUGGAUGUAUGUGGUCUUCACGUAUGUCUUCAGCGGUCUGGCGAUAUACAUGCUCCUGCGGGAGACGACCAAGAUCAUCAGCAUCCGACAAAACUAUCUUGGCAGUCAGACCAGUACAACGGAUCGCACUAUCCGUCUUUCAGGCAUACCCAAGGAACUGGCAGCUGAAGAGAAGAUCAAGGAAUUCAUGGAAGGGUUGCGAGUUGGGAACGUGGAGAGUGUCACUUUGUGCCGUGACUGGCGCGAGCUUGAUCAAUUGAUCGAUGAACGCUUAAAGAUCUUGCGAAAUUUAGAAUGGGCCUGGACUAAACAUUUGGGGUACAAACGGCCGAAACACUCCGAGAACUCGAUUUCUUUGACGCGUCAGCAACCUCGAGGUUCCAGUCUGUUGUCAGAUGGAGAUAGCGAGCACACGCAGCUUCUUUCGGAAAGUGGGAGGGCCCAUAUCUCUGAACAUGUCCAGAAGCGGCCAACAAUCCGACUUCGGUACGGGCCACUGAAGUUGAGGUACAGGAACGUCGACGCGAUUGAUUACUACGAGGAGAAACUUCGAAGGAUAGACGAGAAGAUCCAGGCUGCUCGUGAAAAGGAAUACCCGCCCACGGAAAUGGCCUUCGUGACCAUGGAAUCUAUCGCUUCAUCUCAGAUGGUCGUUCAAGCGAUUCUCGAUCCGCAUCCCAUGCAAUUGUUCGCAAGACUGGCACCAGCCCCAGCGGACGUUGUGUGGAAGAACACCUAUGUUUCUCGCUCCAGACGGAUGAUGCAGUCGUGGUUCGUUACAGGGGUCAUUAGUUUUCUAACUGUUUUCUGGUCGGUGCUUUUGAUUCCCGUCGCUUAUCUGCUGGAACUCGAGACAUUGGAUAAGGUUUUUCCUCAGCUUGCUGAGGUCCUGGCUCGAAACCCUAUUUUGAGUUCGCUGGUGCAGACAGGUCUUCCAACCUUGGUCCUCUCGCUGUUGACGGUUGCUGUCCCUUACCUAUACAAUUGGCUCUCGAACCAGCAGGGUAUGAUGUCGCGGGGCGAUAUCGAGCUCUCUGUCAUAUCGAAGAACUUCUUCUUCUCAUUCUUCAACCUCUUCCUAAUUUUCACUGUUUUCGGUACGGCGACAACAUUCUACCAGUUUUGGGAAACGCUUCGAGACGCUUUCAAAGAUGCAACCGCCAUCGCAUUUGCUUUGGCCAGGUCUCUUGAGUCUUUCGCACCUUUUUACAUCAACUUAAUCAUUCUACAAGGUCUGGGACUUUUUCCUUUCCGGCUCCUAGAGUUUGGAAGUGUUGCAUUAUAUCCCUUCUUCUUCCUCAGUGCCAAAACACCGCGCGAUUAUGCUGAGCUGCAAACGCCCCCAACGUUCAGCUAUGGGUACUCCAUUCCGCAGACAAUCCUCAUUUUGAUUAUUUGCGUGGUGUAUAGUGUUUUCCCGAGCUCGUGGCUGAUCUGCCUUUUCGGGCUGGUCUACUUUACUAUUGGCAAAUUCAUUUACAAAUACCAGCUGCUGUACGCUAUGGAUCACCAGCAACACUCUACCGGACGAGCUUGGCCGAUGAUCUGCAGUCGAGUGUUUUUGGGCUUGAUCGUCUUCCAGCUGGCCGUGAUCGGCGUACUCGCUCUGCGCAGAGCGAUAACUCGGUCGUUGCUGCUCGUACCCCUUCUUGGGGCGACGCUCUGGUUCAGCUACUUUUUUGCGCAGCACUACGAGCCCCUGAUGAAGUUCAUUGCAUUGAAGAGCAUCGACCGUAAUCGUCCCGGGGGCGGAGAAAUCUCGCCUUCCCCGUCGUCAACCUUCUCGCCUCCUUCUGGACUUGAACGUGACGCUCUUCCUAUACAGAUCGGCGGACAACAGCUCGGCCUGAGAUUGAAGAAGUAUGUCAAUCCGAGUCUCAUUUUACCUCUAGAUGAUGCGUGGCUCCCAGGACAUCCCGCAGCUCGUGAAUAUCAGGGGGCUUUUGACGUGCAUGAGACACGGAACGGCAAUGGCUCCGCGGUCUAA